UAAACAUUUCUCCUAUAGAUGGAGCAUUCGUAAUGAAUUUAUCUUAUUAAUUAAUUAUUUUUCCUCUAAUAUUCAGUGAUUAAAAAUUAAUUGAGUUAGCCUCUUUCUAAAAAUGUUUACAUGGAGUGUUCUUAUUAUUAUUUUAAGCUAUAGUACACAAUGUUGGACUCAUGGUUCACUCUAUACCGAUGCAGGGAAAUCAGAAAAAACUUGCAAGCCGUUAAAAUCAUUCUCAGUGGACAUAAAAUGUAAUAGAAAUGGAUUGGAAGUUGAUUGUACAAAACCAGUUUUAAAUGGUACAACUGCAGAAAUUUCAUGCAAGCCAUUUUUUCAUUUUCCACCAUACGAUAAUAUACCAUCUUUCUAUAAUCGUUUAGCGUGCGUGGAUGGUUUAUGGGAUUACAAUUUGUUACCAUGCAUUCCAAUUUGUGGUAAAAAAAACGAAAAAAGUAAAAGAGUACGAAGAAUUAUUGGAGGUGGUAAUACUGGAAUUGGAGAAUAUCCUUGGCAUGUUGGCAUCUACAGCAAAAGAACUAUAAGGAAAAAAACCGUAUAUUCUCAGAUUUGUGGUGGAUCUAUUAUUAACCCGAAGGUGGUUAUCACAGUCGCUCAUUGUUUCGAAAGUAAGGAUCCUAAAAACUACGGCGUUGGUGCUGGGAAAUAUUAUAGACCAUGGAAAGACAAUAGAGAUGAAAACGCUCAAUUGAGAAAUGUUGAACAAAUUUUUAUUCCGGAGUCAUAUAAAGGUCUAUCAAAUAACUUUGCCAACGAUGUAGCAAUAUUAGUUGUGAAUGAUCCAUUUGUAUUUGAUAACUUUGUCCGGCCAGUUUGUGUAGAUUGGACUACUAACACUAAAAAGGACCUUCUUAAAAUGGGAUCGAUAGGAUUUGUUCCUGGUUGGGGUGUGGACCAAGAAGGGGGCAAAAAAAGUGCAGUAUUAAAAGAUAUUCAGUUACCAUUUGUGCCAUAUGACGAAUGUUAUAGUAAAUCUGAUCAAAAUUUUCGACCAAUUGUAAAUUUGGCUGAUAAAUUUUGUGCAGGACGAACUGAUGGUCAAAAUAUUUGCAAAGGUGAUAGUGGUGGAGGUUUAGCAUUCCAGGGGCAUGAUGUACAUCAUUCGGGAGAAAUUUUUUAUUUAAUGGGUAUUUCCAGUAUUGGACCCAGCAAGACUGGAAGUUGUGAUCCUACGAAAUAUACCACAUUUACAAAACUUUCGCACCAUGCAAAAUGGGCUCAGAAUAUAAUUAAAAUCCACACAUCAGCUUAUAAAGAUUUCAAUGGGUGGAGCCUAGACAGCUAGAUUAAUUUUGGAUUAUUGGAAACCUGUAAUUUUAAAUAUAAGCACAAUAUACGAUAUUCGUAGAUUAAA